AUGCGUAACUCAACCACAACACGGACAUGGGGCUCUCUCAAUCGCAUUCGCUCGAAACCUAGCAUACCCAGCCCGCUCGGGCCCUCUUCAAGUCGGUGCCGGAGGUUACAAGUCGAUGCGACGAAGAACGGGAAUUCAAACGGCCCUCAGGAACCUUUGACGCUAUGGCAUAAAACGUCUAGUGUCGUGAAGAAGACGUUUGAGAGCCAGGGAAUCGCGUCGGGGUCUCUGUUGUCGGUUGAUGCACUAGAGCGCGUACUCUCGAGAGCUUAUGACGAUCUCUCGAAUGGAGCACAACGACCAGUGAAACUACUCGUUCACGCCGUAGACCAGUGGUCGGGCGCAGAGGAUUUCGUUACGGCUUUGGUAGCCGAUCCAUUGGGCUCGGAGGAGCAUUGGAAAGCGGUACAACAGCGGUGGAAUGGCAAUGGGAAUGAAUUGACCAUCGCUCCAAGCUCUCAACUGUCGACGCAAGGCAGCACACUAAGCCUACCCUCAACCUAUCUCCAGCGCUUCCCCGUCCCAAUAGAAAUAACUGAAAUCCGCCACACAUCCUCCCCUUCCAUUCUCAUAGACGCUGCAACGCUCUCAAGACUCUACGAAGCCGAUGUGCCCAUUCUACUCUGCAACCCGCUAACCACGCCCCUCAACAAACUUCUCUCCAUUCCUUUGCCGCAGGGCACUAUCAUCGUCGUUAGAGCACCCCCUUCUCAACCCAUAGACGCGAACCAGCUCUUGUCAAGCGUCCCUUCAUUCGCACCAAAGCCAACCAUCAUUCUCGCGGACCCGACCCGUGCAGUCAACGCUGUCGACCUUAUGCAAAGUAAUCCAGCGUCCUCGUCAUCCGUAGUUCAACGGUUCCAAGACGAGUUUACGGGAUCCAACGUCUCGGCCUUCACACAGGUCUUACAGAAGAUCCUUCAUGCACCGGAAGUAAAAGCAUCGCCCAAGCAGAAACAAACAACAGCUUCGGAUUACCUUCGAGUCAAGUUCGCCAUGCACAAGUUGGAGGACGCUCUAUCGUCUUGUAUUGCUUCAAUAGAAAACCUCAAAGCACGACUGGAUGCAGCCUGUGUAGAUGCAAGUCGGUUGCGCGACAAGGUUGAAGAGACAGGUGCCAAAGUGGAAUACCAAGUUCUGGGUCCCUCCGACCAGACGAAUCUCGGACGGAACGCACGAGGAAACGAAGUGACCGAGGCUCUUCGACAAGCCGAAAAGCAAAUGCAGGCCGUCAUGUCCCGCUUCACCUGGUGGAAGAUGGUCUGGAGAGUAGACGAAGUCACCAACCUCGUCGCAUCUGCCUUGCAAAGAACUUGGUGUCCUGAACUCGAACGCAAGGCAAGUACAUCCUUCUACUCUAAAACACCGAUAUAUAUUGAAUAA